GCGCGCGCAGGGGGCGGCAGAGGCGCGAGGCGCGCGGGCGGCCGGCGGGCCAGCAGGCGGGCCUGCGCCGGCUGUAGGUGGCCGGCCCGUGGACUUGGUCCCUGCUCCCUCCGGCCCGCUUCCCUCCGUACAAAAAAAUUGUACACCAAGAAGCCAUGGAGAAGAGAGGUGUGGAUGAAAUAGAAAAUGGAGAUGCUUUCCUUGAGCUAAAGAAACUGCCCACCUCCAAGAACGCCCAUCGCUACACAAAAGAGGAGCUCUUGGAUAUAAAAGAACGUCCCUACUCCAAACGGAGGCCAUCAUGCCUCUCUGAAAAAUAUGACAGUGAUGGUGUAUGGGACCCUGAGAAGUGGCAUGCCUCUCUCUACCCUGCAUCAGGGCGGAGCUCACCAGUGGAAAGUCUUAAGAAAGAGCCAGAAUCAGACCGACCUUCCCUGGUACGCAGAAUAGCAGAUCCACGAGAGCGUGUGAAAGAAGAUGACUUAGAUGUUGUUCUCAGCCCACAGAGACGAAGCUUUGGAGGUGGCUGCCAUGUGACAGCUGCUGUCAGCUCCCGCCGCUCUGGAAGUCCUCUGGAGAAAGACACUGAUGGACUUCGCCUGCUUGGAGGACGACGGAUUGGCAGUGGGAGGAUAAUCUCUGCACGGGAUCACCGUCUCAGCGAUAAGGACCUGCGAGACUUGAGAGACCGAGACAGAGAGAGGGACUACAAGGACAAGCGUUUCAGGAGGGAGUUUGGGGAUAGUAAACGUGUCUUUGGUGAGCGUAGAAGAAAUGAUUCGUACACUGAGGAAGAACCAGAAUGGUUUUCAGCUGGACCCACAAGUCAGUCUGAAACCAUUGAAUUGACUGGCUUUGAUGAUAAGAUACUAGAGGAAGAUCACAAAGGGAGAAAAAGAGCAAGGCGACGGACUGCCUCUGUGAAGGAAGGCAUAGUGGAAUGUAAUGGAGGUGUGGCCGAGGAGGAUGAGGUGGAAGUUAUCCUGGCCCAGGAACCCUCUGCUGAUCAGGAAGUCCCAAGGGAUGUUGUACUCCCUGAGCAGUCCCCAGGAGAAUUUGACUUUAAUGAGUUCUUUAACCUUGACAAGGUGCCAUGCUUGGCUUCGAUGAUAGAAGAUGUUUUGGGAGAAGGGUCAGUCUCUGCCAGCCGAUUUAGUAGGUGGUUUUCUAACCCAAGCCGGUCAGGAAGCAGAUCCAGUAGCCUUGGUUCUACACCACAUGAAGAACUUGAGAGACUUGCAGGUCUCGAACAAGCCGUCCUCUCUCCUGGACAGAACUCGGGGAAUUAUUUUGCUCCUAUACCAUCGGAAGACCAUGCUGAAAAUAAAGUGGAUAUUUUAGAAAUGCUACAGAAAGCCAAAGUGGAUUUAAAACCUCUUCUUUCUAGCCUUUCUGCAAAUAAAGAAAAACUUAAGGAGAGCUCACAUUCAGGGGUUGUACUUUCAGUGGAAGAGGUAGAAGCAGGGCUCAAGGGCUUGAAGGUGGACCAGCAAAUGAAGAAUUCAACUCCCUUCAUGGCAGAACAUUUAGAGGAAACCCUGAGUGCUGUACAUAGCGAUCGACACCUCAAAAAAGAUGGAGAUAUGACUGCAUUCAACAAACUAGUGAGCACCAUGAAGGCAAGUGGGACCUUGCCUGCUCAGCCCAAAGUCAGUCGAAAUCUUGAAAAUCACUUGUUGACCCCAGCUGAGAUUCCAGGCCAGCCCGUCCCUAAAAACAUCCUACAGGAACUUCUGGGUCAACCGGUUCAGAGACCUGCUUCUUCCAAUCUUCUCAGUGGCCUUAUGGGGAGCUUGGAACCUACUGCAUCUUUAUUGAGCCAAAGAGCACCCUCUCCUCCUAUGUCACAGGUGUUUCAAACUCGAGCAGCCUCAGCAGACUACCUUCAUCCAAGGAUACCAUCACCAAUUGGUUUCCCAUCAGGACCCCAGCAGCUACUUGGAGAUCCAUUCCAAGGCGUGCGCAAGCCCAUGAGCCCUGUCACAGCCCAGAUGAGCCAACUAGAAUUGCAGCAGGCUGCUUUGGAGGGACUGGCCCUCCCACAUGACCUUGCUGUGCAGGCAGCAUCCUUCUAUCAGCCUGGUUUUAACAAACCACAAGUGGAUAGAACCAGAGACGGACUACGAAGCAGGCAACAGCGAGUAUCCAAGUCACCAGCACCUAUGCACCGAGGAAAUUCCUCUUCCCCAGCUCCCGCUGCCUCCAUCACAAGCAUGCUUUCUCCUUCCUUCACCCCCACCUCAGUGAUCCGGAAAAUGUAUGAAAGCAGAGAGAAAAGCAAGGAGGAAAUAGCACCUGGAACAGUGGUUCCUGGUGAUGCUAAAGAGGAUACUCAGAAGGCCAGCGAAGGUAUGUCUGCACAUGGAGGUAUGCCUACACAAGAGGGCACAAGAACUUCUGAACCUGGAGUUACAGAGACCCUGCUGUCAUCUAAUCCCAUACCCAAUACUGAUCAAGACUCUUCUACGACAAAUCCUAAACUUUCAACAUUACAGCGGUCUUCAUGCUCCAGUUCACUGUCCCAGAACAACCGUUAUACCAAAGAACAAGAUUAUCGACCUAAAACAGCUGGGAGAAAAACACCCACCUUAGCAACCCCAGUUCCAGGAACACCUUUUCUUCGCCCUACUCACCAUGUUCCCUUGGUCCCUCAUGUUCCUAUGGUUCGGCCUGCUCACCAGCUUCACCCAGGGUUAGUUCAAAGGUUGAUAGCCCAAGGAGUACAUCCGCAGCAUCUUCCAAGUUUGCUACAAGCUGGUGUGCUUCCUCCUGGGAUAGACUUGGCUCCUCUACAGGGAAUAUCUGGCCCACUCCUGGGACAACCUUUGUACCCUUUCUCUGCUGCUAGUCACCCAAUCCUAAACCCUCGUCCUGGGACCCCUCUGCAUCUGGCAGUGAUGCAGCAGCAGCUACAGCGCUCAGUUCUGCAUCCUCCAGGCUCGGGUUCCCAGGCAGCACCUAUCAAUGUUCAGACUCCUCAGAGUGUGCCCAGCAGGUCAGGCCUGCCCCACAUGCACUCCCAGCUGGAGCAUCGUACCAGUCAAAGGAGCAGCUCCCCUGUGGGCCUUGCUAAAUGGUUUGGCUCAGAUGUGCUACAGCAGCCUCUGCCCUCUAUGCCCACCAAAGUCAUCAGUGUAGAUGAACUGGAAUACAGACAGUGAACAGGGCAGGUGGGCUCACCCACCUGGACCUAUGGUGGCACCCUAGUUAUGAGGCUCAUUCCCCAUCUUUAUUUAUGGGAUUUUACAUUGGAGCACACUGUGUGAAGGGGACCCACUUGCCUACCUUGAACUACAUUAUGACAGAAGGCUGUAAACCAAUCAAAAUGGAGCCUACACGGUCCAAAACAAGGGACACAAUAUUAUCAAUCUUCAAAGUCUGUCUUUUAUAACAUGUGAAUGAAGUGUUGGUGUCUUCUAGAAAAGGGUUCUGAAGAAAUAAAAUGUAUAGACCCUUGUGUACAGACCUGUGUAUAAACUUUUGUAUAUACGUAUAGGAUAGCUUUUUUUGAACUUUACAGCUGUACAUAAAGUAGCUAUUAGUUAGGCCUGUGUCAACUGUUUGGAUUUUUUUCCACUUGUAUAUUUGGGACUUUUUCUUUGGUUUAUUAAAAGUUGCAUAUGCCACGUGUGUGAACAAA